AUGAGACUCGUCAUUGUCAGCAAUGCUGUGAUUAAAGGUUAUCACAAAUUCCAAAUAAGACCACCUCAAAAUAUUUUACUACCUGUCACUAAAGAAUGUGGAAAUUGUCAUGAUCCACAUUCAUGUUUGGUGUGGAUCCCCGAGAUUGAUAAAAUUCCAAAAGAUUUAUGGAAUCAUGUAACAGAUGAAACAUGUGGAGAAAGAGUUCGGACAAUUGCAGGGCUACCCAUUGGACGAGUGCCCAGGGGGCUUUCUGAAUGUUUUUGGAUCAUACUGGAAAACUCCAAAGUUGACUGAAUUGAGUGGUAUAUCGCAAUUACAUGUUUUUGAUGAAUGAAAUAAGAGAAUGGUUUAAGUAAUAAAGGUGCAAUGUGCACCACCGCCCUGGUCCACCCUUUGUUACUUUGUCUAACGCCAAGACAAUUUUACUUGUCAAGAGAAAAUAAUUGCACGUUAAGAGGUUAAAUGUACACUAAGUCAUUAAUAUACAAUAUGUUUGUUUCAGUGAACAGACAGGGAAUCCUUGCAAAAGUUUUAAUCCUUGGCCACCUCAACAUGUACCAGGAGGAGCAGUCAUUCCAUGCUUGUACAGAAUACAACUGAAAGAUUCCAAUGUCUGUGAUGACAUACUUAAACUGGCUAAUGAAGCUGUUCAAAAAAUGGAAGAAAAAACUGUAUUGCAAAUAAAUUUGUACUGAAAAAUGUUUUGUUAUUGUUUACAUUGACCUCUUUCCAUGUUAGCAAUACAAAUAGGUGCAAGGGCUAGUCCAAAUGAUUUAUACCUAAAACCUGUCCAUUAAAAGGUGUGUUUUUUGGUGUCAUGACAAGUGGAAUAUUAUCUCUGUAACCAAGUGAUGGAGAUAUAUCUUUGGGAAGGAUCGUGACAGGCAAACAUACUAACAUUCGUGUGUUUUCCCCCUUAAAACAUGCCUAAUAGAGGAGACCUGUUAUUGGAAUAUGUGGCCGCAUACUGGGCAGAGAAUGGACAUAUAAUAAUUUUAAAUAUCUCCACAAGGUAAAGGACAGAAUUCCCAGUCCUUCUAUAUUUUAUUAUGAAAUAAAUUUGCAUGCUGCUGAGGCAGUUUGAGAUAGUUGACGUGGAUUGCAACUGAUUUACAGCGGACUAAAUAUGAACUGACCGCAUACUGGGCAACAAACUGUAAUGCAUGAAUCAUUGCAUAUGAUAUUGCAGUUACAGCUCUAUACAGUAGGCUCUAUACACGUCACGUGAUACAUGGUCAUGGCGUCUUUCGCUGGUUCAAACCAGUGAACUCUAAUAAGACUGGAGUGGCUGCCAUCUUUGAAGCCAAAUUGAAGGCCGCCAUUGGAGGUACAGCGGUGAAAAUACACCUCUUCAAAAAACUCGGGUUUCUGCCUUUCUAGCUAUGCUAGAACAUAGAUAAAAAACUUAAAAAACAUCUACGAUACUUGGACUAUUGCACAAAUCAUGUUUGGAAGCCGCAGAAAAGAGUUAACGUUAUUUUUUGUGUACCUGAAAGUCAUAUUUUGUUCGGCACGGAAAAUAUUUUGUUAUUUUCUUGAAUACAAAAAUGGUUCCUUUCAAGAUUUUGCUGUUAGCAGAUGUAGAAUACUUAGAACUAUCCAGAAAACCAAGUUUGAAUCUUUGAAAUUGAAAUCUUCGGAUGAAAAACCUAAUUGUUUUGCGUAUUUUUGCUAAAAAAACAAAAUUACAAGUCAAAAUUGCAAUUUUUUGAAAGUCACAGCAUGCAAACUUCUCCCGGGCGCCAAAUCGCAAAUCACGGGGGUUUCUAGAGAAAAAUCGAUUUAUUCAUGUUUUAUAGAUGUAAAAAAGCACUCAAAAUAAACAACUAUACCUAGACUUUAAUACAAGAAAGGUAUUGGUCCGUAGAUUUAUGUUUCAAAGUAUUUUUUUUUAGUUAAAGAGCAAAGUUCACUUUGGCACGUUCAACUAGUGUCGUUUUUACAAAAGAAACCUGAUACCCUUCAAACUUUCACUGUUGUGAGAUACAAAGCAGUUCUAACUAUCAAGUAAAUCGUAUUUGGGUUUUUAAAAUUGAAGUCUUUUGAUGAAAACCGACUUUUCUUGCUAAUUUUCGUCGAAAAUAAACUUUGACUGAAUUUCCCACUCCUCGAAACUCUCCUUAGUCCUUUUAAAAAUGCAAUUUCCUUGCACGGUUGGCUUCAGGCAAGUAUGGGCAUGUUUACCUGAGUUAUUGUUCCAGUCUUAUUAGAGUUCACUGGUUCAAACUUUCACUUUCAUAAACUCGUAUGUCAUUCGUUCUGCUAUGGCCGAUGGCAUUUAACAGUUUUACAAAUUAAUAUUUCAUCCAUAUUUUAAUCAAAUCUACAUUUAGCAUAAUUUAUCAUGAUUUAGCAUAAUUUUCUCAGCUAUUUAGCAUAAUCGAAUUUUAUAAUCUGGUCACACUGAUUGGGCCUGCCAAAAAUUGGCACACGAAGUGCAAGAAUGGAGGGAGAGACAGACUUUGGCUCACUUGCAAUGUUUUGAAUCAGAUUAUUAUUUUGGCUGGAAAUUAUAUUAAUAGACAGGUGUUAUUUUUAGCGGUUUUGUUACAAAUAUGGAAGCCUGCAAGAGUCAGGGCAAAAUGAUUAAAACACCCCUCGCAAUCUAAACAAAAUAGUCUAGCAUUCAAAAAAUUAAAAUACAAAGGUCACUGCAAAAUAAAGCUAACUUAGGGAAAAUACAUCCACAUUUAUUCAUCACUGACAUUGUGACCGAUUUUGAGAUACUAAAACCUCAUUCAAACAGAUUUGCCAUUGUGAUAUCAUAUUAACAAAUUAUCAAAUAUUUUAAUGUUAAUAAAAAUACGUCUUUUAUAUAACUAUAAGCCUUAUAUUUAAACAAUUGUUUUAUUAAAUUGUAUCUAUAGACUGUUGUGGUUAAUUAUAUUAUGACUAUUUGCACAAAACUUGUUAAUCAUAAACGGAUAGUUCAUAAAUUAAUAGUGAUAAUUUAUUUGCAUUUCCUGUUGCAUAGUGUGUGUUUCAUGCAAGAAGGAAUAUUGUGGGAGUCAUUCUUGCAAAGUUUGCAAGAAAGCCUGCCAUGCUAUUCCACCUUGUGCAAAAGUGAAUGAGGAUUAUGAUGGUUUUGGUGCAGCAGUGCUCUGUGCUAGUUGUGCAGCAACUAAAGGAGAGGCUCCACCAAAGAGAAAGACAUCGGAGAAAGGUAAAGAGAUUAUCAUAUCGGUAUCACAGUACUAUACGUAGCUAUAAAGUCAUUGACUCAUCAUGGUCUUCUAUAUUUAUCAAGAAACGUUUUUACUAUAUUUACUCUAGAAACCAAUUGGUUUGAAAAACUGGGAAAACAGUCCGGGAAGUUGGCGGCAUCAGUGGCCAAGUGAGCAAAAGGUGGUCAUGGCAAAACACCAAUGGGGUUUUGUCUGCUUUGUUUCCGUGGGGGGAACAGAGGAUUUUUUUGGCCAGAGGAAAUCCAUCCACUCUUUCUAGCCACCUUUCCAAAGUGUAUGAAAGCCAAUGAUGCUGUGCCCAAAAGUUCACCUCUUGCUGCAGAGGCAAUGAAGUUCAUCUGCAAGUUCAUCUACGUAGGUGAAACUCAAAACCUAACAGUUCUGUCCUACUUAUAUUUGUGUGCAGUAUACAUGUAUUUGGAAAGUUCAAAGUUAAGUUAUUGAGUACUGAAGUACAUGUAUACUCAAUAAAAUAAGCUUUGGACACUUGUGUUGUUUGUAAAUGCAUAUGUGAUAUGUUACAGUAGGUCAGUUUGAAUCCUCCCAUUUUGUGCUAUAAACUGUUGCACUUGAACUCUCACUGUAGUACGAAUCAAGAGAAGAGGUAGUGUGACUAGUGUCCAAUUGGAACCGCCUCAAACACAAGAGACCACCUGUAUGGAUUUGGAUGUUGAUAGUGAUUUAACUAUGGUGUAUGUACUGUAUAAUAUAUAUAAAAUCACACUAGAGUUAAUUAAACCAUAUACUGUACAUAUACAUUAUGAACUGAUCGGCAAUAAACUAAAAUGGUAAAUUUCAAAUUUUGUGCUAUAGUGAAGUUAUAGAACAGUUUGAGUGUCAACGUGCAGAUAAAGUGGUCAGCGUCAGUAAUAGCCAGGAGGUCCAAGAUGAUGCACCAUUGGAAAAGGAUAGCAACAAAAAAGGAGAAAGGUUUGUCACUUUAUAUUCUUACAAAUUCACUCUUUAACUGUAUUCUUGUUGUUCAACUUAAGGACAAAGAAACGGUAUUCGUAUAUUAUAGUGUAUGCCUGAUAUGGUACAAGAAAGGGUAUGAUGGUCACAUGAAAAUAGCCUGCAACUAAUUUAACAAAUAUAACAUAAAACAUGCUGUGAGUGAUUGAUGGCAACCUUGUAUUGAUUGAAGAGGGUCCUGAAGGGGGGUCCCAAUCCCAUUUCCCACCUGAAAUUUUGGCAAAAUCCCAGUCCCAGUUGGAUUUUUAUUAGAAAUCCCAGUCCGAGUUAUUGAAAUCCCAGUCAAUAAAAAACCCUUUAUUUAUUGGUCCAAUAAACAGUUUGAAGACUUUUAAGCCAUCGUGUGUGCAAGUGGGUACACUUUAUGAAAUUUGGGGGAGGGGUUGUGCCGAAGACACGGAAAUUUUUAAAUUUGAAUCCCGGAAAUGGCAUUUGCAGCAUUCUGAGACACGCAUAAUCAGAAAACCCAGAAUUCCGGGUGUCAGAGUAUGCCUGUUCGCAGGUAGUGCUGUGAAUAAUAUAGUUAACAACAAAAAUCAUGACCAAAGACACCAAAAACGGGUCAAAAUUGUAUUUUAAAAUACUUAAAACGUAGAAAAAUUGGGAAUCGACUCGCAUUACCUCAAUCCCAUUCCCAUUUUUGAGGACUUCAUUUCCCAUUCCCAGUGGCCAAAUCCCAGCCCAGCAAUCCAAAUCCCAUUUUCCCAGUCUAAAAAUAGAUCAAUCCCAGUUCCCAUUUUACCCCUUCAGGACCCUCAUUGAAGUGUUUUUCCUUGUAGUUCUGCUGCUUCACAGCCAAGUGAGCCAACCGUAAUGCCACUAACGUACGUUUUUCAUAUAAGUAUGAUGUAUUUGUGAACUUAGUGUCGUUUUGAAUACAAAACUAAGCAUCUAGGUUCUGGGAUGCCAAUAUACAUAAAAAAAUCACGAUUGUCGAUUUUAUGACUGAAUGCUUCCAAUGUUGUUGCUGACUUGGCUGCAACCGAAUAUACUCACUUAAUAAUAGUUUACCUUUAACAGUAUGUCCUAGCUGAAACACUGUUUUCUUGCUUCUGUAAUAUGCAUGAGUUAAUAUGCGUAGUGACAUGAAGUAGUGUACAUGAGAUAUAGACCGUGGGCUCAGGGAAGUCGUCGUUGUUGAUCAGUGUUUUAGAUAUAAACCUGCAAAAAGAAAUAUAGAUUAAAGGAGUGUUUAUACGUCAUUGUAUAUUACAUUUUCGUGCCGUGACCGGGAUGGCUACUAGAGGUACAAGUGUCGCAUUACCGGAGUUAUUUUCUGACGGUGCUAUUACUCUUUGGCUGCGAAAAUCCGACUUAUGUUCUACAGCUAAUGGUUGGAAGAUGAUAUGCUUAAGAGAUUACCCGCGCUUUUGUUACCAGUGUGGCAAGAUGGGGCACAUCGCAAGUGAAUGCAGGGGCAAUGGAAGCAGUAACCAACAAGCUAGUUAUCGCCAACACCAGGGUGAGAACUAUUGUUUUGUAUGUGGAGAAAUGGGCCACUUUGUCCGGGAAUGUUCAUUUCGCUUUCAAACUCCGAAGACAGGUUGUUACCCCCCUCUGGGAAACGGGGUGGGGCAGCACCUUUUCUAGGCCCAGGAACUGCCCCCAACCACAAGGCCUUACCUAUAAAUUGCAUUCAACCAACUGUGAUCUUCAUUAAGGCACAAGCAGAUAAUACUGAACCAAGGUGUUUGGUGAACACUGGGGCAUCUGUGUCCCUAAUUAGAAGAGAAUUUGUUGUUGGACCUAUGAGACCUUGUUCUCUAAAGGCACAGGGUAUAAGUGGAGAACAAUUAUAA